CACUACUCCACAACUGGCAGAGGAAAAAAAAAGAAAAACCUCAGACAUGGAUGACCCACUCACAAAAUGGCUCCACUUACACAGUAACAUCAACAACACGGCUGGAACGGACGUAGAGGACUCGAGCGUGUGGUGACGGUGUAAAAAUGAUGGAAAAAAGGCAGCCAGAGCUCCGACCCGCCAGUCCUGAUGCAGAGUCCGGUCCUGGAAAGCGCGAGGACUCCAUCAUCAUCUCCAGACUGAACGGAUGCAAGGAGCACGAGGAGCCGAGGAGGAGGCGGGAGGAGGAGGAGGAGGAUGGGGAGGAGAAGGAGAAAGAGAGACAGAGGGGAGGGCGCUUGAAGGGGGCUGAGGAGACGGAUGACGUUCCUCUGCAGAACUCGAGCAACGGGACCAGCAUCAGCAUCAUCAUCAACGGCGUUGCCAAGGAAACUGCCUCUCACAACGCCCUUGACCUGAAAAGGGAAGUGCCGGUGAUCGAGCUCUCCAGGAGGGACGCUAUAAAAGCGCUCGAGCAGAGGACUGAGAGCCAUUUGGUGCCGAUCACGGAACUUCGCAGACCUCCACCACUGCCGCUGCCUCCACCGCAACGAGACGACGCUCGAAUGGUCCAACUGAGCCCAAACGCGUUUCCUGUCCCGGCCCGGGCCAUGCUCUACAACCUGGCGCAGCCUCUUGCCGCCAUCAACAGUCUCGGAGUGGAUUCGGAGCAGUACAGCAUGUACCCCAGCAACAGGGUAAAGCGCCGACCGGCGCCUUAUGAGGUUGAACUCGACGAGGCUGGCCAGCCAAAGAUCGUCCGCCGUAUCUUCACAAACAGUCGUGAACGUUGGCGGCAGCAAAACGUAAACGGGGCCUUUGCAGAGCUCCGUAAACUCAUCCCCACACACCCCCCGGACAAGAAGCUGAGCAAGAAUGAGAUCCUGCGGCUCGCUAUGAAGUACAUCAGUUUCCUCUCCAACCUGCUGGAGGAUCAGGACGGAGGGAGGAACGUUGGCAGCACAACUGACGGGGAAACAGGGCUGCUGGUUGGGGCUCACGAGAGUGGCCCUCAGGGGGGACCACAUCAGGACACGGUGGUUGGUUUGGUGAGGGACGAUCUUCUGGAGACAAUGUCACCAAGCUCGAGCUGUGGAAGCCUGCCUGAUGGCGAUGCCGAAGGCAGUCCAGAAAGCUUUAUGGAGGACCAGGACUCGCCUCCAGCUCCAAGGACUCUAACAGCCUCACGUGGGCCCCCGCUGCACCUAGCUGCUCGAGAUCUGAGGCGCAACGGGCGCCCAAUAGAUGGCUCCAGUCGCCGAUGAUACAAACGCCAAAAGACGAGAAAGCCUGAGACUGGAAGAGGGCAAUGAGAGGGACUAAAAAAAGAGGGGGAUACGCUCAGGAACUGUUAGCUUCGAGAUGUCAGUGUAAGAAAAUCAAGCUCUUUAUAGAGAGAGCGAGGUUUCAGAAUGGAUCAUAAGUACUUCUCCAAACAACACCUGAGGCAACACUGAUAAAUAGCUUCAGUAUUCUGUUGAAUUUGAUAUGACAAAAGACUUGUAAAUUCUGCAUGUCUCUCGUCUUUGACUGACCUGCGGAUCAUAUUUUAUGUGUUUUUAAAAUCCAAAAAACUGGAUAUUCAAAAGAUCGUGACACACAUACACACACACGCACACACACAAAAGAUGCACCUGAACCAUCAAGUUGAAACCAAACAAAAAAUCAAUCAAGAGAAACUUGAUAAAGAUAAUAUCAAUUUUAAUUUUAAUGAUACAUUUUUUGAGUGUGGUGCAGCCAGAAUAAAUCCAAUUUGUUCCAGAAUGCUUCAAGUAAAUAAAAUUCUAUGAAAAAUCCUGGAGACUUAUCCCCAGUUAAUUCAGUGUGUUAGAAUACUGACAUAAAAAGUUCGCCUCAUCUGGAGGUGGUAAACAAACUAUCUGGACUCUAUUGUACCCAUGCAGUUGCGUAUGUAUUGUAGAUAGCACCAUAUUUCCACUGCACAAUGUAACAACAGUGACUGGAGUUCGAGUCAUGUGGUUUAAGAUGUACCGUUGUGUGUUUGUCAAAGCUAAAUGGUCUUUGAGGAGACAUUGAAAUGAGGACAGAGGAAGAGAACUGAAUCAAGUACAUCAAAUGUGGUACCAUAAGUCUGUCACACUUUGGUGAUGAGAAAUGACACCAAAUAUGGCGACAGACAGAUAAACUGUUUCACUGCCUGGGUUGAAAACAUUGGUUUGAAAUAGCUGUGGAGGUACAAGACAUGCAGUGUUUCUUAAAGUGUACAAACAUAUGAGUCAUAUGGUAUCAAGACAUGACUCAUGCAGUCCUUUUGAUAUGAAUGUUUCAGUGUUUUUUUAACUGUAAUGCAGUUGUAGAUUAGUAAGGUACACAAUAAAUCCCUUCAUUGCCGCAUUUCAUACACACACACACACACACACACACAAAAAAAAAAAACCACACACACACACACACACACACACACACACACAAACACACACAUACACGCACACACACGCGCACAUCACACAGUGUUAAUAUCAUAACAACACCAGCAGUUUUUCACAAAUGCAGUUAAGUAUUGCUCACUGUUUGUUGGUUGUUCUGCUUUUUCAGCAGGACCUAGUAGCCUAUAUUGGUACCUUUGGUAACUAUGGUAUUUUAUGACUUGCAGUAAAGGGACAGUGUACGUUUGGUAAUGACAUAUUUGUUGUAUGAUAGCUGUAUCUAUAAAUAUAUCCAAUGUUAAAGCGAUGAAUUUUAUACAAAACCCCUAAAUAAAACAAACAGAGGACAA